AAUAUUGUAUUUAAUAAAGUUUUAUUUUUUCAUAUUUACAACACAUCAAAACAAGUAUUAUUUAUAAUUUUAAGAUGACUACAUCUCUUGCGGAACAAUUAAAGAAAUUAAGAACACCUCAAACUGGAAUAUUGCUUCAGGAUAAAAAACGUGCUAGUUUGUUAUUUGAUCCUAGAGAAGCUGCUAAUUUAGAUAGAGAAACAGUUUUAAGUAUAGGUCAGAAUGGAUUGCAAGAAUUGACAAAGUUAUCAAAUCUAUUUUUAGAAUUUGAAAAUACUCUUUUUGCACAAAGUUCAUUGAAUCUUGAACGUGCUAUACAAGAUAUUAAAGUUAACAAAAAGUUAGAUGGAGAAAUUGAAAGAUUUCUUAUAUUUUUAUCUCCUUAUUUCUUGCUCAAUGUUGCUCACAAAGCUCUUGAGUGGCUUAUAUAUAGAUUUCGCAUACACGAAUUUAAUAGAGAUCAAUUUUUGCUUCUAAUAUUACCCUAUCAUGAAACUCGGAUGUUUAUAAGAGCAUUACAAUUAUUAGAUCUAUCUGAUGAGGGAGAUAAUUGGCAUUGGUUACAACCUCUUCAAAAGCCUGGUGUUCCUUUAGCUUCAAUAACAUUGAUUAACCGUAUUAGUUCUGAUAAUGCUUUGUUAAAAUUAAUUUGCAAUCAUGUUGUUUUUGCUACUAAAAUACAUUCUGAGUCUGCCACUUCUUUAAGUACUUUGUAUGCAUUUUAUACAACUUCACUAUUAGGAACUAUAGAACAGGUAUCUAUUAUUUCCGAAGUACAAGUAGGUUAUAUGAUAUCAACUAUUUUGAAAGGUUUAGAAAGUUCCAUUGCCGAUUUUGCAGCCAGCACUUACAUGAUUCUAGCAAAGUUAAUGUCGAAAAUGAAACUGAAGGACGAAACUACGGAAAAAUUGCUUUUAAAAAUAUUCAAGAAAACUUACCUGAAAGAAGAAGCGCUACUUUUACUAUUUUUUUUAUAUAAUAUACCAGUUCAUCAGCUCACUACAGUACCAAAAAGUCUUGCAACUCGAUUAUCUGAAUUAUCUUGGUUCAUCGAACUCACAAUUAAAUUUCAAUCAUCUAACAUAAACAUAUUAAAAUUCAUUGUACCAUUAUUGCAAACGAAUUGCCGUAUGAUUUUGGAAGAUCCAUUAGGAACAAUUCGAGUACAGAAAAUGGUGAACGAAAUAUUAACACGAAUCAAAUUGGACGAUAUAGGAGUGGAUACUAUCCUAUGGAAUGUAUUACAAAAGGAAUUCCUUUCGAGUGACGUGUCAAAUGAAGCGAAAGAUUUUCUUGUGAAGUUGUACCACAAUCUCGAAAGAACUUAUCCUGAAAGAUUUGAUGAUUAUUUGAAAGGAUUGAUGAAACGUAGCGAUACGGAUAAAAAUUCAAAAUUAGCAUUGGAAUUUAUCACAUCUUGGCAUUUUGGAGCUAGAGACACGCAAGAAGUUGUAGGAAUUCUUGAUAGAUUGAUCCAUAUUAGUCCGGAACAAAGAAUUAUUGCGUUGCAAACGUUGGCAGAAACCGAUGUAGAUAUUCCUGAAAGUUUUCGAGAGAUGAUGACGAAUACAAUUCAAUCUAGAUUUAGCGACACCGAAGUAGAUGUAAUUAGAGCUUUACUAUCUAUUUCUACGAAACGUUUAACAGCUUUAUUAUCUGCAGAUAUUCUGAUCGAGGAAUUAAAAAUAUUAUUAUCGACUUGUCAUAGUACCAGUAGAAAAGUACUAGCAAAACCAGCGUUAAAAAUCUUGUUGGAACUCUGUGAAGUUGGUGACGAUACUAGUGUUUUCAUAACAUCUUUGCCAUAUUUAUUUCCAAACGAUGAUGCAGACGUAGAUAUCACAAUGGAAGUAUUGAAGUCAAAUUUCGCCAAGAAUAACGUAUACAUGCAACAUGUGCAAAAAGAUUUAGGAAGAUCACCAAAUGCAGAGGCGGUUUCAUCAGCAUCUUUUCACAAUAUCUUAAACUGGGAACUAUUACCUCCAACUGAUAGUAUAUUAACCGCAAUGAAACAACAAAUCGCACAUGGUGAUGCAGCUUCCAUGUUUUUUAAUCUGAUUCUAUUGGGCUCUGUGUGUAGAGUACCUGUAGGAUCUAUACAACCGGAAGUAGCGCGAGAGGUGAUCGAAAUGGCCACAGAGAUGAUAAAAAAAUAUCCGCAAGUAAAGAUGUUGCAGAACUGUAAUAAUAUUACCGGAAAUAAUAUACAAACCGCCAUUGAAUUGACUUCUCAAGGAGUUUUACCAUUGCAAGUAGGCACUUAUGUUCUAGAGAUGGUUCACAGACGUCUCGAUUUGAAAUCCAAUCCGAUAAUCGAUUUCGAGAAUAAUCAACAUCGUAGUAAUUUAAUUUUGAGACUUCUCGAGAUGUUUUUUGAAGGAAUAGAGAAUAAAUAUUGGUGCAAGCAUUAUUCUCGUUGCUUACAAAUAUUCUUUCAAAGACAUUUCGCCACUGUGAAAGAUCUCGUGCGUUUUCUCUCCCAAUUGUAUAUAAAACCUGUAAAAGUUCAAACUUCUUUUCACUGUUUGAAAAUAACACAGGUACUUUUGAAACAAAAUAAAUCUAUUCAAUGGGCGUUUCAAGAUAAAGUUUUUGUUACGAAUUUGUUGCUUUCAUUAGCUAGAGACAACAACGAGUGUCGGAUAGCAUCGUUGAAGAUUCUCGAGAUAAUUAUACAUUUUGCUGUCAUAACGAUGGAUCCUUUCUUAUCCUUGUUGCAAGAACUCAAUAAUAGAAAUCCAGAAAUAUCUCUUGAUCCUGAUCAACUAUCUUUAUCUCUUUACGUUUUACUAUCACCUGAUCCAGACGUGUGCAGUCAAUUGAAAUCAGAUCUUCGGAAAAAUCUUCAACAAGCCCAACAAAUGUUAUUCGAGAUCGUUAUGGACAAAGAAAGUCCAUUGCACAUCAAGUCGCAACUUUUGGAUAUUUUAGCUUACGUCAAUGGAUCUACGAUACUUCAACAAUUAGCUCCUGUUGGAUUACAACUUCUCCAAAUUCUUCACACAAAUUCUAAGAACAAAUCCGCAGGAAAUAUGUUGAAAAAUAUACUUCAAAGGUUCAAUAGCGCAACCGUAAAGGCUCUUACUGUUGAACAAGUAUGGCAAUUGUUUGAGACCAAUAUAGAGGAGCAUGAGAUCGAAAUUGUCACAGAAUCUGAUGUUCAUCAUUCACCAAGUAUUAUUCUUUUGAAACAGAUAGAAAGCACCUUCUUUGAGAGUGCAGGAAAAGUUUCCAUCCAUCUUCAAAAAAAGAUUCUAGCUAAAUUAGUGGACGUGGCCACGGUAUGCGAAAUGACAAAUGUGAUUUCUACGACUAACAGAGCACUCAGAAAGAUACAAGUAAAUGCACAGCUUAUAGUCGACGAAUUGAAGAUCAUGUGGAAUUUGAAGAACGUCGAACCUAACAACACGAGUAUUAAGAAUAAAAGACGACUCAGUCACAUUCAUUCGCCUCCUGAUCCAACGAUCAUUAACAGAAAGGAAUGGAAACGUGGCGUGACUCUCUUAGAAUUUGCUCAACAAGCGGACAAUAUCGAGCAAGAGGAAUUGCUUUAUCCAAUUCUUUUCGAUUUGCUUAAAAAAUGUCUGAGUUUUGAAGAACAAAGUCCCAUAGAAUACACGAAUCAAUUAUUAUUGUCCAUUAUUCACCGAUUGACAAUUAAAAAACUGCCUAUUCGUGACGCUCAUCUCCAGAUAGAUCUGAUCACUCAGUGUAUCAGAACCUCGAGGAAUCCUCAGACUCAUCAUCACGCCCUAUUAGUUUUGGUAGCAUUAUUAAAGGUGGUCGAUGUACGCUGUGCAUUAUAUACUAUUAUGCCUAUCUUCACGUUCAUGGGCAGUUCUGUGGUGCGUCAAGAUGACGCUUAUUCGAUCCAAAUAAUAUCCAAGACUAUCGAAACCGUAGUUCCUAUAAUAAAUGCGGCUGAAAAUGAAAAUCACGCUUGUGAGCUUUUAAGAACUUUCAUUGUUUCAUUACCAGAUAUACCAGAGCAUAGACGAAUGCCUCUAUUCGUUAAAUUAUUGCAGCUUUUGGAUAAUUAUUUUUAUUUGUAUUACUUGCUAAGUUUCGAAAGUCAUGUUAUGUCCAGAACCGUGCGCGUCCAAAAUACAUCAGGACAAAGAUUAGAAUUUGCUCUUCAAGUAUCUCAAGAGUUUUUACCUAUUAAGAUUAUUCAAGUUUGCGUGAAAUUGAUUCAAUUCAUGAAAGAAUUGCCUGUGGAUAUGGAAGACGAAGAAGGUAAAAAAGUUGCAUUGUCUUUUAAAUAUAAACAUAUAUUUGAUGUUGUUAAUAGUACUCCUAAGCAAUUAAGACAUUAUAAGUAUACCUUGGUACAAUUUCUGAGCAAUUUGUUGUCAUCACCUGAUUUCAUUAAUAAGGUUGCUGAAUUGGAUUCUGAUCAAGUAGAUGAAAUAAGACCGUAUUAUGAUCAAUUGAUCGUUGAAUUGAUUAUAUUGAUUCAGAGCACUUCAAAGAACGCUGAUAAAUAUCAAGGAAAAUCAUUCGGGAAGUAUUGGAAAGUUCUUUUACAUCACUUGUAUGAUGUGUUAGAUUUGGUGAACAAUUUAUUGCCAAAUGGAAUAUUCUUAAUCAGCAUUAAACAGUUAAUAGAACAUGAUUUGUUAACGGUAAAGAGGAAAGCCUUGGAUCUUCUCAAUACUCGUCUUCAACAACGAAAAUUCAGCGAGGGCGAUUAUGAAGAUUUGUUAACGUUGAUUGAUUCUUUAUUACAAAUAAUUCCAGCGAAAGAAAAAUCUGAAACACAAGAACAAGAGAUUGUUCAGCAAACUGUUUUGAUUACUAUAAAAUUGUUGGCAAAAUUAUUGGCUAGUGAACAUCCUAUACUUUUCAAACCGAUUCUUGAAAUGACCACUGAACUUUUAAAUACGAGAGAAGGACCCGUGUUAGGCAGUGCUGCACUUUGUGUCGCAGAAUUAUGUAGCUCUAUGCGUAUUCAUGCUAUACAUUCGUUAAAUAAAUUCGUACCAGCGAUUUUGCGAUUGUUAGAAGAUCAUUGUCACCAAGGUGUACCAGAUAUAAUAGUUAUCAGUAUAGUCAGCGCUUUGCAAAAGAUCGUUGAAUCUGUUGGAAACUUCUUAUCCUUAUAUCUGGAUCAGUUAUUGUUUCAACUAGCAAAAUUGAAUUCUGUAUAUACUGAUAGCGAACAUCAAAAGAUUAACAUUGUGCAAUCCAGAUUGAAUGCAACCACCCAAAAACUUUCUUCUUGUAUACCUUUGCGAAUAUUAUUGCCAGCUGUUAACAGGACAUAUACAACGUUACUUGCAAAAAGAACAUAUAAAUGUAUCCCAGCAUUAAUGAAUGUGUUGGCCGAAUCUUUCAAUAGUGUUCAACCAACCGAUAUAAAUGCAGCUAUACCGGAUUUGGGAACUUUCUUCCUGAAAAUUUUGCAAUUUCGUGAAGAUUUUUUUAAUUCAGAAGAUGUCAUGGAAAUAGAUGGAUCGGAAUUGAUUAUGGAAGACGUGAUAAUCGUAGAAGAAAGCGCCAGCAAAGCAUUAGUUGCUUUGGUAUUAAAAUUAAGCGAGACUACUUUUAGACCACUUUAUUAUAAAUUAUACGAUUGGGCUGCCAGAAAUCCACAAUAUAAAUUACGAAACAUUACGUUUUAUAGACUUUCAGCUAACAUAGCAGAAUGUCUAAAAUCUCUUUUUGUUCUCUUUGCUGGUCAUUUUCUCAAGCAUGCGGCAAUACUAUUAAGUAGUAAUAAUCCAAUGAUUAACGAGGAACCGCAAGAGAAUACUUUGCCCGAAGAAUCGAGUAAAAUCGAAUUAGUCGAAGCCAUUUUAUUGACUCUUUAUCGAGUCUUCAGUUACGAUGCGCAUAAUUUCGUGAAUCAAGAAAGAUUUGAUGUACUGGCUCAACCAAUUGUGGAUCAAUUGGAAAAUACUAUGGGCUCUACAGAGGAUUAUCAGAAGAGAGCGAAGGAAUUAAUUGUACCCUGUAUCGCAGCAUUUGCCAGUGCCAUUCCCGAUGAUUCUUUACAUAAACAAUUAGUAUAUCAAACAUUAUUAAAGACCAGACAUUCGAAACCGUAUGUUAGAAACGCUGCAACGAAUGCAGUGGUUGAAAUUGUAAGAAAGCUUGGCGAAGAUUUUAUGCCACUUCUACCAGAAACCAUACCUUUCUUAGCAGAAUUAUUAGAAGACGAAGACGAAGGUACAGAGAAGUGUGCGCAAAAUGCAGUACGCACUCUUGAAGAGAUCUUAGAAAUCAAUUCGAUCCAAUGGGAGAAAAUUUAAUAGAAUCGAAUAGAAUGAUAAAUAAAACACUUUGAAAAAAAUAUAUUGGAGGAGGGUUUACUAACCUACGACGUAGUCUGAUUG